GCGCGGUUACACCUAAAUCCUGCGAAGGGAGCAUUUAUGUCUGUUUGUCGAGUGCAUUCACCAUGGAUGGUUCUCACUGCAGUCAAGGACGGUCAAGAGCUGUGCAGUAGGUGUCAUAAACCGUGUUAACGAGACAGUUUUGUCACCCGAAGAGGUCGUCUUUUUGUCACAUUAUUUACUACGCAUAGGGCAACAGAGGAUUUCCAAAAAUCCUGCUUUUCUUAAAAAGUAGCAUUAUCUAUGGCGCUUUUCCCACCAUACGUCCAUGCGUUCAAACAACUCACGAACAUUUUUAAAGUACACAGAUGUGGAAAGUCCAGUAAACACGCUUUUGGCUCGAGAAAGUUCGACUCCCGCAGCUGAUGCAUAAGCAGCAUAAUUGCUCUCUGAACAAAGUGCCGAUGCUGAUCGCCCUUGCCGUAAUUACAGUUGUUCCUUUCUGCACCGCCUUUUGGUUUUCACAAGCCAGAAAGCGGACACAGUAUUCGAUCUUGGGCAGUCUGGCAUAUCUCCCGAAAUCAAACAUACAAAAUGCAUGAGCUCCGCUCUCAAAUAGUUCUUUUGUCACAGUAAAUUCAGAAACUUAGAAAGUGCACAAGUACAGAAGCCUUUAGUGAUGUUAAUGAUAGAAGUGGCAAAAUAUUAUUGCGAGCAGUAGUAAUCUGAACUUCCGGCGCCCACCAAGACUUUCUGCAAUGUGAAAGCGUAUUUUAUUUUAACGACCGCGAAGCUCACUCGGUGUGGACCACAGUUCCGAAACACCGUCACGUGUGCAUAAUAUGAGCGCUUCCAGAUAAAAUUAUAAAAAAAUGUCUUCUAACAUGACGCGUUUUUUAUCUACUGAUUUCGACCCACAAUGCCUGAACUUUAUUAGUCAUGUGAGUGACGCCGUGUGGCGUAGGGUGCCCCAUUACUCAGCGUUAUAGAUGAAUUAUUUGAACUUGACUUUCCUUCAUGUCCAUGUUUUUUUGCAAAUUUUUGAACGAUCGAUUACCUGUUAUUAUGGCGGCAAGAUCUUAUUUCGUAACCGUACCUGUAAGGGGUUGGGGAUUAUCGGUGGGGGUUAGAGUUAGGGGUUAGACUGGGACUUGCCUACUGCAGGUACGGUUACUAAGUAAGAGCUAGCCCUUAUGGCAAAUCGUUUUCGACGUAUUUUUUAUCCUAAUCCCUUUAUCUCAACAGCAUUUGGUAAAUACAAAUCCCAUGUAGUUGACUAGUUACACCUAGGUAGUACAGACAAGUUAGCAUAUUUACGUUUUUGGGCUGUUUUUCCUUCCCACACUAUUUUUAGCCCUAAGUAAGGAUAUUCGAUAUAAGAGGAGUAAGAGAGUAAAGUUGGCCUAUAAAAUAAGCCUGAUUCCAAAAGUUUUUCGUGAUCUCCAUUAUGCCCUGUGGGGAUACAAAUAUUGUGCGUCUUCUGACUGCUUACUCAUGUGGCUGAAUCAGGCUCCAAAUCGUCACCACUUGUGUGGGCAGAUAAAGGACACGACUUAACGCAAAACAAUGCAGAGGAAUUUAGCAAAAUGAAAGUUCUGAAAAGUACGACGAAGGCGUGGGUGGUAGCCCCGUCACUAUCUGCGCCUCGACAACUAUGAAUGUGUGCUUUUACCAUAGACAUGAGCAAGACAAUAUGUAGUCAUGGGGACAUAUUAUUCAUCGGAAAUGCGAAAUUUAUGGAGCAGGUAAUCUUCAUUGAAUAGCCUUUUUGCACAACAGAGUAACCUAUGCGCUACGUUUGCAUCAAGGUGUUCGAACCUGCAUUUAUCGAACGAGCACAUAUUUUUCUGCGGUCUCGACCUUUGCUAAUAUGUGGUUAUGUAGUUCCACUGAUCGACACAAUACUGUUGGGGUUAGGCGUCAAGGUUAGUGGUUUAGGCUUGGGGCCAGAGUUAGGGGUUAGGGUUAGGGGUUAGGGCAACUUUUUCUCAACCACUCGAAGUGCAACCGCACAUUCCCGAUAGUUUUUCUUUUGCAUACAAUUACUUGACCCCGUCACCUGUACGUUCCCGCCCCCACCUGUAAAACCCCCUAUUACCACCGGUCCCGUAUUAGAGAUGGCUGGGGUUUGUUUACUUCAGGUGGAGCCACAUAACCGCAUCUGGCCCGACUUUUUGCUUGCAACAGCCCCAUCUAUGUUCGCGGUUAUUCCACAACCCAUCCUCUGUUAAAUGUUACUGGCUAUAAUUAUUAAAGUUAAUAUUUGCCAAUUUGACUAAGUCGUCUGACUGCCUAGCGCACGGUUUCGGGGAGGUUGUCAUUCACGCCUUCUAAAUUAAACAUCCCAAGUUUAUAUGCAAUAUACAGGUUUCCAUCUAACUGGUGCCUAUAUGAUUCAAGUCCGGUCACUAAAAUAUCGAAAACAGAUUUCACGCACGGCAAAAAGUGCGCUUGCCUUAAAGACUGCGCCUACCCAGCUAGGAGCAUUGGAAAGUCAUUUUUCUAUUGUGUUUGCGCCCUCCAAGUCAAUCAUUAGUGAUCGCGUGCGCGCCAAAAGGGCUUAAAGUCGAUCGACUAACAUUGCUUUUGCUGCAGAUCACAUCCCACCCUUUCCAGCUGAAAAGCAACGGGACCUGUCAUCAACUGAAAUGAGAAUUAUUCAUGUCACUUUUGUGGAGACCUAACUUAUUUGGUCUGAUUUUGAAGCAAAAUUUGUGGGUACCACCCGGGUUGCUACUUAUUGCCAUUAGAGGUUAGUGGAGAACGAGUCAAGAAGAAGAUUUUGAUAGGACAGCCCCCAGUGAGUGAGAGUGUCCGGGCAGCUGCUUGCAAAGGCCGGCAGUAACGUAUGACUACUUAUGACGAUGGGCUCUCAAGGUUUAAUAUGCAAGUGAAAAUAGGCGAACGUGCCUGUACGGUGGCGCAGCUUCGACUGCUGACGUGUUCAGCUACACACACGAUAAUUCGACUGCCGUUGCCGGCGAUGUCCACCGUGUGCUCCACAGCCAGCUGAGUGCAGGCACAGUGACUCGCGCGUGAAUUAAUUUAUAUUGUAAGUGGACUUUCGCAGCAUCCACCUCACUCUCUCCUCCCCCACUUGGACUCAGUGUCAAGACAAAGUCAAGAAGACCGCAGUCGGAGAAGAGCGCAGAUGGAUGGCACGGUCCAGCACGGUGCUCCACCCCACACCUCCUGGUCCACACAGCGAAUGACCAGGAUUUCAACCAACAACAGAUGUGGCGAGGCGACUCGGAUCCCGGUUAGCGCGACGUCAGCCGGCAACCGGGAUGAUGGCAUUUUUUAUGGUGCACAUGCCCAUAACGCCCGCCAGAAUCCGAUACUGCCCCCGUGUUGGCCCUACGCACCUACUUCGUUACCCGUUUGGGGGGCGAUGCAGUCCGGGAAGGAUGCGGGGUGGUAAAGUGGUUUGUGUGUUUAUGUGUGCGUGUGUGUGUGUUGGGCUACUGCUGUUGUCAGUCCCAGUAUGUGUGUUUGCGAUGCUGCUAGCGCGUAUGCGUGUACCACUGUGUCUGUGUGUGUGUGUACACAUACACAUACUGGAAGAGCCUCACAGUUAUUGCGUAACUAAGUACUUCUCAGCGUGGUGAACAUACGCUGGCAUAAGGACGCAGUCCGCCUUGCCCUGACAUCCUAAUGAGGUUCCUCAUCAACCGUAUCGUAGAAGGGGGCAGUGGUCAGUUUUACACGACAUAGGUGUUCUAAUAUGCUGUCGACCGACUGUUGUAUUUCACCUCACAUUUGGAACCUCUCAGAUCUCUGUGACUCGGAUUUUUGGAUCCGAUUUCUGUCAUCUGGUCUAUCACAGUCUGAGCUUGGGUCGCAACUACCUGGUAGAAGAAAUUGAUCUAAUAUUCGUCGUCUCAGUCGCCUGGCCUCUGGUGGCUGAUUCAUACUAAUUACUUACUACAGGUUGAUAAGUGGAAGUUAUGUUUUCGUUCUGCCUUUAUAUCCUUACUACAAGCCUUUGCCACUGUGACUACUGAUUAGAAAGCAGGCAGACAGGAAAAUAUGGACCCCCAUGCGGCAGAUGAUCUGAGGAUAAAUUUUAGCGGAGUCCUAUUCCCGUUUACUAUUUUCAAUCCUUAUCCAAACCCUAACACUAACUCUCCUAAUACUGACCGUAACUUAACUCUCUUAUACCAAAACUAAACUUUAUUUCGACCCCCGGAGAAUUUAGUACUAGGGCGUUUGGUGUCUACCUUAGCGUGAUGCCUACAAUUUGUGUCCUACUCUAACGUGUUUUUUGUUAUUGGUGUUCUUUUAUGGCGUGAUUCCUACCCCAACAAACACUGGUUAAAAACCAGAGUCGAAUUUAAAAUAUAUUAUCUAUAGUAUGAAAAUUAAAUCGAAUUAAAUAAUAAAAAUCAGACAACAGGUAGUUCCUGAAAUAUCACGUAGGAUUUCCACGAAGUGGGCUUCAUCUCUUUUGAAGGCACACAACCAGUGUUUAUUCAAGCGCCCAUUAAGUAGAUGUUGUGGAACCCCGCAGUAUUUUCAGAUCCAUCAGUAAGUUUUGCCACUUCUUCCAGUGGCAUUCUGUUGUUCCAGGGAUAAAAUAGCUCUAAAAUUAUACAGAGCCUCAAAUUACGGCGGGUUCCCCCACUCAAUUCACGAUAAUGGAGGGAUUCGUUCCCAUAAAACUUAUAAAACAGGCUGGCUAUCCUUUCUUCUGCACCUCUUUAUCGGAACAUUCUGUCCACGACCCUUCUUUCUCUUGAACAUUAUCGGCCUUUUGCACUUACAGCAAGAAGGUUCCUCUACUAAGGGACCAUGUCGAAGGACAUAUCGUGACGCUGCUUCCUCACUGUACACCACUUUAGCAUAAAACUCUCCUGACAACAUUUUAAUUGAUAUACUGAAGUAUGAACAGAAAAUGAAGGUAGGAUUCACACUACAGUGACACCGCCAUCUUUUAUGCGUUGAUCUAUAUUCUCGUGCCCUGCGUAGAAGGCGCGCAGUACUUGAUCUGGGAUUUCUCUCAACUUUUCGGAUAUACUUCGCAGUUGAUCGCUUCCUGCCACCCAAUCAGACGACUCAGGCAACUUCCCCUUCCCCUGCUUGGGACUCGUUCCAUUCCAUAAACUUUCGUUCAUCAGUCACACUGGCUGACGCAAUGUGCUUGUUGUUCUCAGCGCAGUUGUGUGAAGUCAAUAGAGAAACCAACUUUUCGAAAAUCAGACUUUCCCCUUCUUCCGAAAUCUUUCAAAGAAUUAGAUCCUACUAUACUUCGGCUGCUCACCGAACGACAAGGUUGAGUGAUCAGUUUGGAUUCCAGACGGCGAUUUUGGGGCAGAGGAGUAGGCGGGAACUUGUCUAGAGCAGGUAGUAUUACAAGUUUUACAGACAGAAAAUAAAUUAGUAAUAUUUACAGUAGACACACGAGCAUGGUUGUUUCAAAUUUCAAGGACAUAUGUUUGUCUAUGUUAACAAGCGUGUCUGAAUCCUGAGAAUAGGGAAUAUGAUCUAAUACUAUCUAUAAUGUUUCAGAUUUCUAUGAAAAAAUAAGGCUAGGUGUGUUGGAAUGUCACAGGAUUAACAUGUGAUUUUGCUAUUAUUAGUUAAUUGCGAUGAACACCGCCAGCAUCGCUGAUUGCGUGUUUAAAAUAAGUUAAUUACGGUUGUCUGGCUUCAGUGCAAAUUCGGAAUUGACUAAAAGGGAAGUCGUGUGUGAACUCGUUUGUUAAUGCGGCUGCAGAUGCAUACCUAAGAAGGUCAGUGUACAGGUACUGCUGAAGAGAACGCAUAUUUGCCCAAACAUGAGGUUCUUGCUUCUCAGUUAAUCUCCUGCCACCCCCGUGAUGUGACCGGUAGAUGCACCAGCUUAGGUCUGAGGAUGACAUUUGGAUCGACACAUCAGCACCUCCACCAGUACGGCAGGACCCGCAGUCUUGCUCGCACCAAAGUCGACGCGAUUGCAUGCUACCGGUCAGAUCUAAGCUUCUUACUGCGAGGUCAGGACGAGUCCCGACUGAGGUCAACGGCCGACUAAGAAGGGGGCUUCGAGAAGGACUCUGGUUAUUGCGAUUAACGCGCUUGGCGGAGCAUCUGGUCACAAAAAUAGGUGUCAGUGGUUGGUAUCGGUGUGGAUGAGACCCUCGUCGUAGCACAUAGGGCUGCUGUUCUUGUCAUUGCUAAGACCUGCCUUAAUCAGUCUGUCCGCUCUUGCGGACAUUCAUGCGGGCGAGAGGUCAGUCAACCACCAAGCACACACACACACACACACACACACACUUUAAAUGUCGUUUUUAACAGCGGUUGACGCACAUUCUGUUUGGACGCAAGUGAGUACUUAAGCGACAGAAUAAAUUCAAUCCGGAGCAAGAGCACAAGCCGGCACGCUAUGGUCAGGUCAAAGAUCAAUAAAACUUCUCACUGAGUUAGGCUUAUUUCCCUUGCGUGCUAGUUGUAUAUUCGCCGGGAUUUGGGUGUAUUUUGGUCCUCCCCAGUCCUCACCGGAAAUAUCGCUUAGUUGAAGGACGUGAUGCGCAGUUGCCAUUGUGUGUGGGGGCUGGUUCGCGCGAUAACAUAAAUAUCUCUGGCGGAGGCGCUAUGCACAGACAUGACCAAAGGCAAAGACCGCCUGGUAACUUCAACCCGGAAGCAAAUAAAUGGGUUAAGGGUCGCAUGAUCAAGUGUUUGUUGUAUUUCAUAACGUUAUUUGGGUUCUAAAUUGUCCGCAUCUAGUUUGAUCGGCAUAUACUGUUGGUUUUAGAGCGUGCCUUAUAAAUUGAUCACAUAAAAUGACGUGGUCACCAAUACUAAAACAAUUUAGUGAACUGCUAAGGCAAAUUUUCCAAAUGUGCUCGAGUUAAGAAAACCUGUACCCUGUUUUCAACUUCGAUGUAAAAAGGCUAGGCAAAACAAUAAUGUCCCGGAAAAAGAUGAAAUGAGCACUUUAGAUAUUCCACCGAAUAUUGUUGAGCACUAUCGAUAAGUAUCUACCAUCGAUCUGGCUAUUCGGCUGUACACUGCGUUAAAAUAAACUUGAAUCCUUUCAACGACAGGAAUGUGUCCAGAUUAAAUUUCUGAUGUGUCCUGCGGAAUGCAAAUAUAAUACCGUUAGAAAAGCUAGGCUCAGUGUAUACUAGUCUUGCCUCCUCGGUCAGGACUAAAGCGAUAUAAACUAUCCGCAGGGCGGUGAGGUUGUGGCUCCGUCUGAUAAAAUUACCCUUCUGCCUGGUUGAUUUAUGUCUUUCCUACAGUAGGCAUUUAUAAAAAUACUUCUUUGAUGGAGUGGUUUAGUGUGAGUUGUUUAAGCUCACUAGGUUGGUAAUGUGCUGAUGAACUUUCAAACACGACACAAACGGGCAAGUCAAAGAAGUAUUAAUCAUCUCCCCUAUUGACCUCGCCUCAUCCUGUAUACAUUUUCCGUCAAGUUUACACCUUGCCCUGUUUAUACGAGUGUAACAAAUCGGUUAAAUACUACUUUCGAAUUUAUGUCUACUUGCAUCUACAGAUGUUUCAUAAAUGUAAAACCGCAGUUUAUAACUGCAUACAAAUAACAGCAUACACGCGAUUGUUAUAUGCUGAGUGCUUCACAGGUUUUCUUCCUUGUUCUCUUGCAAAACUGAUGAGGGUUUUCUACACGACAUAAAUGGUUACUUGUUAGUGGAUUGAGACUUCUCGCUCCGUAGUUAUGAUGUCAUUUUAUGUGUGUUUGGGGGCGUCAUUAUAUUGUGCCAUAAAAAUUAAUGUAUGGACGUGCUUUCGAAACAUGUGGUUGUCUAUCAGCUUUAACAACCCUAAGAAAGUCACUUUAUGUGUUUAACGAUGUGACCAACUCGUUAAAGCCUCAUAAUGUGUCUUUUAUGAAGGACGUAAAUUCGUUAAAUUUUAACGUUGUCAAUGUACUAUUUGCCGACAUCUUCUACGAUAAUAUGUAAUUGGAAAUUGGAAAUGUCGUUCAGACUUGAUGUGUUUUCCGAGUCUAGUCGUCCUACAUGCGUGGAAACAAUCAGCCGAUAAACUGAGAGAAAGUCGCCUUCAUUAGUUAUUUAGAACAAAGUAUGUAAGCUGAAAUGGUUACGUUGCUUUCCAUUGGCCUUAUCGACACAACGUCGACAAGAAUUCUAUGUGCCGAUGUAUGUAGCUUUAUUGGAAAUAAGGUCACUUGGUCAUCGGUAUCACAACUCAAUCCAGAUACUUUUUACUACUUUAUGGCCUAUAUAAUGAAGCUGAAGAAUGUUUGAAUUUUGAGGCGCUUCUCUCAUUUCUUUCUUGUGCGCAAUGGAUAUCAGUUAUGGUUCUUCUUUUCUCGAUCAAGAUGUACGAAGAAAUGCAUCUGGAUUGACUAUGAAAUGUUUCAAAUCCCUUUUCAUCCAUUUACCCCCAAACAUCUGCGCAUGAGACAUCGGCCGUUGCACUUCUUCAGGAACAAUGUAUACCACCAGGUUAAUAUAUGGCAGUUACGCAUGUGACCAAAUGAAUAAAAAGGACAUGGCGCUUAUUAAUGCUUUAUGCAGCAGGGAGUGGGACUCACAGAUACGCUCCAGAACCGCAAAAAAGAGCUGACCUUGUCUCACACUAAGAGCCGACAGCAACCUGUAUAGUGUGUAGUCAGACCUUCUUGGCCGAGAAUAAACAGGCCUCGACCGCAACGUCUGUCACCAGCAACAAAUGCAGUGCUCGUCUCAUUGGGAUUAAUAAGAAGGGGGAUAAUUCCAGCGGUUGAGUGCCCUUAUCCUUUAGUUGAUCGUUGUAGACCUUCGACAUCAGCGAGGAAAUCGACACAACAGAUUUUUCGUAAGUCUUCCGGCUGCGAAGUUUCCUUUUCCUCAUCGUAUACUUUCACGCAUACUCUAAUCCGGAUGGAACAGCUUGCAGUAUUCGGCGUCUUUUUCACACAAAAGACUGAACCUACAAUUCUAGCAAAGAAGACGUUCGGACUAACUUAACUGGAACCACGCAACACUUGCGAAGAGAACGUUAACAACUCAGUUACCCAGCUGCUAGGCGCGGUCAAUUUGUUGCAGGGGCGGAGUACUCGGUGCAUAUACGAUAGGUUAUUAAUUAGAUUCAGUUCCCUAGAUAACGGCUUUUGCCUCGGAGAGCUAAAGGCUAAUAAAUCUCUUGUCCCAGCGAUUGUGUCUCCUCCUUCAAGACUGUUUCCUGGGGCUCGUCUCUUCGCUUCUGUUAAGCUCCCUAUGUGUUAUAGCUAAGUCAUAAACCAUUACAAUUACAUAGCUUUCUUAAAACAUGCGACUUGAUUUAUGAAUCGGCCUUAUUUUGCCAUCUACAACUCACUUUCUCUCUCUCUCUCUCUGCAUCUGGGCAGCGUCAAGUUGGCUUUGACGAGGCCGGCCGUCCAGUCCUCUACUCCUCCUUUACUCAGGCCGCCACCUCGAAGAACACUGCCGCCGAGGCCAUCGCCCACCUUACCUAUGUUCUCGAGAAUGCCGUCAGAAGCAUGCCAGAAGGCGUCAGUCAGUGGGUGCUGGUGUUUGAUUGCUCCGGUAAGUCCAGUCUGUUGAUCCUCGGCUUCAAGUUAACAUCAUUUUUUUCUCAAACAGUACUCAUGCAAAUAUUCAUAAGGAGUUGGUGUCACUAACAUAAAUGUUCUUGCCCACCUGACCCGUUAUGUUUAGAAAUUGUAGUGCUACGCCUGCAAAAUCACUGUAAUUCAUCGCAUCAGAAACACAAGUGGAAGACGUAUCUGCUGUUUCCUCUGAUGAUGGGUUCGAGCAGGAACCCGAAACGUCAGGUUAAUAAAGCUCUUGUCCCAACAAUCGUGGCUCCUACUUCAAGACUACUUCCUGGGACUCGUCUCUUCGCUUCUAUUGGCAAUGGAAGACGGACAUUUAUGGAUAUGGAGGUCAAAGAAUCUGCAUCCUGGCCUGAACCAAAUGGUGGGCGGGGGGAGGGAACGGCAAAUAAGCAACGACAAAAAAGAAUUAAAGCCGUGAAACAGUAUAAGCAAAUGUCCUUUUGCUGUUUGAUUAAAACCAGGAUAGGGCUAAAAUGACUGACUAAUUCAAAUGGCAGACGGUACACUCAAUAGUUUAACCGUUUGGGAGAAGAAUUGUAGCUUAGCCUUCGUGAAUAUCCUUAUUAUAAGCCGCCUACUUAAAAAUCUGCCGGCGGGCUAACCGAACGAGUCGGCCAGUUCAGCUCUUUCAUGUUCUGAGCUGACUUUAGAUCCCUGCAUCUAAGAACUCUUUAAUUGCGACGUAAAAAGAGAAUCCCUUAUUCCAUGGUUCUUGGUUUCGCUACUCCGUGUUCGUAUUCUCAACUAACUGCCAUAUUAACCUCCUUUUUCGCAUUUCCGCUGUUGUUAUCUGGCAAGAAGUCUAUUAAUCGCCAUAUUUCCUACUAUGCUAGAAAUUAUAAGCUAAAUCAAAGCCCAGGCGGUUGCACAAAAUGCGGAAAAUUUUGUUUUAAAUCUGACAACACAGUACAACAGAUGGUGACCUCUCCUUUGCUCCAUGUAUGAACAGUCUCGAACGGAGAUAGGGCUUGGAAAAGCGUGGUGUUGUGGAGAUAGGUCCACAUAAGUCCUUCUUCACGAUGUUCUAGGAAGAGUGAAUGAAUCUUUUUGAACAGAUGGACACAUUUCAGUGCAUCUUUUGGUUUCAACGUCAAUUCUACCGUCUGUGACUUCUUACUCAGCAGCAAUUUGGAAUAUAGGAGUUUUCCACUUUGUUCCGCAUUAUGUGAGCAACAAUUAUAUAAGCAACUUAAUAUACGCCAAAGUAGGACAUCUUGAAGUAUUAUUUCGGAAAUGUUUCAUGCUUUAGGCAUUGCAGAUGACAUAACGACGCCUAAAACCCUACUAUCCAGCUGCCCGGAUUUCUGGGACAGAUUGUCGAGAGUUUUAUUCUUUGUCCUUCGUUUAAAGUGACUUAUGCUCCGGUUUACCAGCAUGCAGUUAUUCGCAUCGGGCAUAUUCGGGUCUAGGUUCAAAAUAGCAGUCUACCAAAACCAAUCUUCUUACAAAUCUUCUUUUUUUAGGAGUAA